AUGGCGAACCGCCAACUCGCCCGCGACAUGCAGCUCGAGUUCCAAGCCCGCUUCCAAGCCAAGCAGGCCCGCCGCGAGGCCCAAAAGGCCGCCAAACAGGACCCCGUCCUCAAGAAGCAGAUCCAGGACCUCCUCAAACGCGGCGAGACCCAAAAGGCCUACCAAAAGGCCAAGAUGCUCCUCAGCAAGCAGGCGCUGGCCUCGCAGAUGGACCAAGUCGCCGACAUGGCCGAGCUGAGCGCCGCCCAGAUCCAGGCCAACAACGCCAUGAACCGCAUGACGCACAUGAUGGCGCAGAGCUCAAAGGUCAUGACUGUCGCGCAGAAGAACGCCACGCCUGCCAAGAGCCUCGGCGUCCUCGAGCAGUUCAAGGAGCAGAAUGAGGAGUAUGCCAUGACGAAUUCCAUCUACCAGGAUGCGUUUGCGCAGUCGACCUCGACGCAGGUCCCCGAGGAUGCUGUCCACGACCUGCUGGGCCAGUUGGCCGACGAUGCGGGAAUCGAGCUGAAUCAGGAGCUGAGCAAGGCUACCCCGGCGGAGCAAGAGCCUGUGUCGGCCGAGGUGACCAACGAGGAGGAGGAGAAGUUGAAGCAGAGACUGCGGGCUUUGAGGGCCUAA